AUGCAUGCCCACAACUGGGCCGAGGCAAGCGGCGUCUUGAGCCUUCUCUUCAAGCGGACGUUGUGCGGGAGCUCGCUUCUCGAUAAUCGCAGGAACUUCUUAGUAAAUCCAAAUUGUUUGAGAAUUAGAGUUUCUGUGGUUGAUGUGAUGGUAAGACUGUCCCAAAUCGCGCCCAAACAGCUCGGAGGCGACUCCUCUCGUGCGAACCGAACCGAUCUCCUCCGCAGAAGCUCAAAAAUUCCCGCGCCCGCGCCAUUGCGUUCUCCGAGAAAUAGGGUAGACUCCACCAGAGGCAUUGUUGAUUGUGGAAUUGGUAUGGAUACCAAAUCUUCACCACGUCUAGCAGCAAUCAGGAAGGCCCAGGCCAAGUUGAGGCAGGAGUAUGAUGCAGUUGAUGAACAAAGAAGGGAAAUAGGGUUUCUUGAGAAAGGAGGCAAUCCAUUGGAUUUUAAGUUUGGUCGUGUAGCAUCAUUCAGGGUACAGUCAACUUCCAUGACAGAUCAGCUGGCCGAACAACAUCUGACGAGGGAAGCAAAUGGUAGCUUUGCAUCAGCUGCUUCACACCAUGGGGAUUCUGUUGGAAACAAUCUUUUGCCCUUUGAAGGAGAUAGUAAUAGUUUUGGUGGUGUGAGAAAUGUGAAAUGUAGCAAUACAAGAACUAAUCUUGCUCUGUUUAAGCAGUCUGAACAACACAGUGCUCUUCAUAAUGCUAAGUGCUCAGGUGAUCCUCUUAUUUGUCGUCUUGGUGUAAAAAAUCAGGCAAAUGUUAGAAGGGACAAAAAUACAUUUAGUCGCAAGAGUGCUAAACUGGAUAUAUAUCGCGGUAAGAGAUCUUUGGUUAUAUCUUCCUCCUGCCCUGAUUAUAUGGACAGUAAAAGGUCAAAAUGGGAGCCACAAGCAAAAGGCCUUGCUGUCUCAUCCAUUUCAAACUCAAAAUCAGCUAUUCAAAUUGGUAGUGUUGAGUCAAAGAGUAUUUCUUCUAAUGACUGUGUAGGUAUGAAACUGAACUGGGUGCCAAAUCAUUAUGAAAGUAGUAAUCAACAGCCUCAUAUAGCUGCUGAGAGUGUUAUUACUGGAACCACCUCUGUAACAUCUGAAGCCAUUGGAAAAGAAGGUGUUUCUGCUACAUUCGAUUCCAUCCCUUUUGAUAGUGCAGAAAACUUGAAAGAAGCCAGCAUUUUGCAUAGAAACAGUUUACAAGAGAAUGAUAACGUGAUAAGUGUUAAUUCACCUGAUAAUAACCUCAUUGAGCCAAGAUCUGUACAUCCUACCAUCAGCAAGUCGGUUGUUCAGGUCAAAGAUGAGGCAGAAGUUUGUGAUAGUAGUUCAACAUCUAUCCUCGAGCUCUCUUGUUCUAGAUCUGUCCAUUUAAAGUUUGCAAAGAAGGCGCAAGAGGAUGCCAUUCUUAGAGAGUCCAGGAUUAUUGAGGCAAACCUUUUGAAGGCUGGUGAGCUGUCAUGUAAUCUCCCUUUAGAUCAGCGAAGAUGUCACUGGGACUUUGUCCUGAAGGAGAUGGCAUGGAUGGCAAAUGAUUUUGUGCAGGAGAGACUCUGGAAAAGUGCAGCUGCAGCGAAACUAUCUCAUUCGAUUGCUCGUAAAUCUCGAGAAAAACUCGAAGAAAGAAACAUGUGGCAGAAGCAAGAUGCUAGAACUUUGGCCAAAUCUAUCAUGCAAUUCAAGCAUUCAGCUGAGACUCGCGCUGUAAUGCACGGAUGCAACAAGGAUAUGCUAGGAAGGAAGUUCACCGAAGCUGAGGAUAAAAAAGAAGAGGAAGGUCUCUUCUACGUGGUGCCUCGUGGUGCAAUGCACUUUUACGGGGAAUUGGUGGAGUCCCACUGGGUGCUCUGUCAGAAAAUGGGUAACAAUGUGCAUCAAGAGAUCUGCAAGACAUCCAUGUGUGAUUCUGUUGGAGAUGAACAUAAACAAAAUGCACAUGAAGAAGAUGAAGGUGAAACACGUACAUACUUAUUGUCAAGAAGAUAUGAUGGUGGUUUUGCGUUAAAUUCUGCCCACAAGAAGAGAAAACCAAUGCAACAAAAGACACAUGCAGAAAAAGUAUUUGAAGUAGGCGUGGAUGUAUCUUGUGAGUCAUGCAGGGAAAAAAAUUUGGGAAAUCAACCUAUGCAGUCAAAAGGCAAAAGGCCUUCUAGUUCCCUAAAUGUUAGUCCAAUUCCGACAAAGAGGAUGCGUACAGCUGCUAGGCAGUGGAUUGCAAGUCCUUUUGAUGUUUCAAGCAGAAAUACAAAUUCAUACGGAGACAAUCAGAGUUUACUACUUGGAGGAUCAUUGCCCAGGAAAAACAUCGAAGUUACAAUGCAGAUGAGUAACAUAUCCAAUCAAAAUAAGCUCACUAAAACAAUCAGUAGUUGGGACCAUGGAAGAAAAAGUAAAGUUCUGAAGAUGGCUACUGAUCACUCGGGUUCUGGAAAUCCAUGGUCAGACUUUGAGGAUCAGGCUCUUCUUGUCUUAGUUCAUGAUAUGGGUCCAAACUGGGAGCUAGUAUGUGAUGCAUUAAACUGCACACUCUUGUUCAAGUCGAUAUUCAGGAAACCUAAAGAAUGCAGGGAUCGUCUUAAGUUGCUAGGUGGUUACUGUUCUAAUAGUGUUGAAGACUCCGGCUCGUCUCAACCUUAUAACUUUACCCUGCAUGGCAUUCCAAAGGGCAAAGCCAGACUCUUGCUUGAUGUCUUUCAAGAGCCGAGACAAUUAGAUUCUUUGAAGGCACAUCUUGAUAAAAUUAUUUUUCUUGGACAACAACUGCGAUCCUGUCACAGUCAGAAUCAAAGUCAGCACCAGAAGCAGGUAGCUCAAACUCAUAGUUCACAUGUUGUUGCUCUUUCUCAAGCAUGCCCAAACAAGUUAGCUAGAAGCAUUUUAACGCCACUGGACUUAUGUGACUCUAUUGCUUCAAGCCAAGAUAUUCUUCCGACCUUAAAUGCAGAUACAGUACGAGGAUCUCCUGCCAUGUCUCAAGAUAACAGUUUGUUCUCAACUUCCGCAGCUCUAAGUCCUUUGCUAGAGAAAAUCCUUUUCACGUCAACGAGCAGCGACAGAUGCAGCAGUAUAGCGAAAUGCUUUCCAAUAGAAAUCUUCAACAACCUGAUAGCUUUGCAAUCGGGGCUUCAAAUAUAGGAGUUGGUUGUGGAGUUCGCAUGUUAGCUGUUGCUUAUGGUAUGGGCAUGAUGUAUAGAACCAAACAAGGCCUGGAUACACCAAUCCUGGGAUUUCAGGGGCUAAGUACCCAUGUAACACUAAAUAUGUCGACCAAUGAGGGCAAAAGGCAAAGUCUGGACAAUGUUCCCAGGCCAGGUGCUGUUUCUAGACCCGAAAAGUUGAUAUCAUCAUUGUGCGACCUUUGCAGAUGACACAGGUGAGCUGUUUAUUUCAUGGAAUUUACUUGUCACUGUAUCAAUACAACGCACAAAUAUUUUUGAUAAAUAUAGCAAUUCUGAAUAUUGGGAAAUGAACUAAUCUUCUAGAUGUUUUUACUUUUUAUAAGCCCGUUAGUGUGAACUUAUAGGAAAGGAAUAAAUAAUGCUUCUUUAACCAAGGUUUCCAAGCAGCAGUUACAUGAGAUCCAUAUUUAUUAGUUGGCAGAUCAACCAAUAGAUAGAUUAGACUUUGAUGUUAGGGAAAAUGUUUUGAAAACUUAGGAGUAUUGUAGGGCUUUACCCUGGGUUAGAGGGAGCCCUUCCAGAAAUUCUCAGUGGCACUGGGCCAAACCCAGGCCAAAGAGGGGGUUUGG